AUGGAAUUACAGCGGACGGCCGGCACGGCCGCACCCCCGUCCCCCGCCUACACCGGGCAGGUGCCUUACAAUUACAACCAGCUGGAGGGGAGGUUCAAGCAGCUGCAAGAUGAGCGGGAAGCAGUGCAGAAGAAGACGUUCACCAAAUGGGUCAACUCACACCUGGCUCGGGUGUCUUGCCGAAUCACCGACUUGUACGCCGACCUGCGCGAUGGACGGAUGCUCAUCAAAUUGCUCGAGGUUCUGUCCGGAGAGAGACUCCCCAAACCAACCAAAGGAAGAAUGCGUAUCCACUGCCUGGAGAAUGUGGACAAAGCCCUCCAGUUCUUGAAGGAGCAGCGAGUGCACCUGGAAAACAUGGGCUCGCACGAUAUCGUCGAUGGAAACCACCGGCUGACGCUGGGCCUCAUCUGGACCAUCAUCCUGCGUUUCCAGAUCCAAGAUAUCAGUGUGGAAACAGAAGAUAAUAAGGAGAAGAAAUCAGCCAAGGACGCACUGCUGCUCUGGUGCCAGAUGAAGACGGCAGGUUACCCCAAUGUCAACAUCCAUAACUUCACCACAAGCUGGAGAGACGGAAUGGCUUUCAACGCACUAAUACACAAACACCGGCCUGACCUGAUUGAUUUUGAUAAGCUGAAGAAGUCAAAUGCACACUACAAUCUGCAGAACGCUUUUAAUUUGGCUGAGCAGCACCUUGGACUUACAAAGCUAUUGGACCCAGAGGAUAUCAGCGUUGACCAUCCUGACGAGAAGUCCAUCAUCACCUACGUGGUGACAUAUUACCACUACUUUUCCAAGAUGAAGGCUCUGGCUGUUGAAGGAAAGCGAAUUGGAAAGGUGCUGGACAACGCUAUCGAAACAGAGAAGAUGAUCGAAAAAUACGAAUCACUCGCCUCUGACCUCCUGGAAUGGAUCGAACAGACCAUCAUUAUCUUGAACAAUCGCAAAUUUGCCAACUCACUGGUGGGAGUCCAGCAGCAGCUCCAGGCGUUCAACACAUACCGCACAGUGGAGAAGCCGCCCAAAUUUACAGAAAAAGGGAACCUGGAAGUUCUGCUGUUCACCAUCCAGAGCAAAAUGAGGGCCAACAAUCAGAAAGUGUACAUGCCCCGGGAGGGGAAGCUCAUCUCCGACAUCAACAAGGCCUGGGAACGACUGGAAAAAGCUGAGCACGAACGAGAACUGGCACUGCGCAAUGAGCUCAUCCGACAGGAGAAACUGGAACAACUGGCCCGCCGAUUUGAUCGAAAGGCAGCUAUGAGGGAGACGUGGCUGAGUGAAAACCAGCGUCUCGUGUCUCAGGACAACUUCGGGUUUGACCUCCCCGCCGUGGAGGCCGCCACGAAAAAGCACGAGGCCAUCGAGACGGACAUCGCCGCCUACGAGGAGCGAGUCCAGGCCGUGGUGGCCGUGGCCAAGGAGCUGGAGGCAGAGAAUUAUCACGACAUCAAGCGAAUCACAGCGAGGAAGGACAACGUGAUCCGCCUGUGGGAGUACCUGCUGGAGCUGCUCCGAGCCCGUAGGCAGCGCCUGGAGAUGAACCUGGGGCUGCAGAAGAUAUUCCAGGAAAUGCUCUACAUUAUGGACUGGAUGGAUGAGAUGAAGGUGCUUUUGCUGUCUCAAGACUAUGGCAAACAUUUGCUGGGGGUAGAAGACCUGUUGCAGAAACACGCACUGGUGGAGGCGGACAUUGGUAUCCAAGCAGAAAGGGUGAGAGGUGUCAACGCCUCGGCUCAGAAGUUUGCCACAGAUGGGGAAGGUUACAAGCCCUGCGACCCCCAGGUGAUCCGCGACCGCGUGGCGCACAUGGACUUCUGCUACCAGGAGCUGUGCCAGCUGGCGGCCGAGCGCCGGGCCCGCCUGGAGGAGUCCCGCCGCCUCUGGAAGUUCUUCUGGGAGAUGGCGGAAGAGGAGGGCUGGAUCAGGGAGAAGGAGCAGAUCCUGUCCUCGGACGACUAUGGCAAAGACCUGACCAGCGUCGUGCGCCUGCUCAGCAAGCACAGGGCCUUCGAGGACGAGAUGAGCGGGCGCAGCGGCCACUUCGAGCAGGCCAUCAAGGAAGGGGAAGACAUGAUCGCCGAGGAGCACUUCGGGGCGGAGAAGAUCCGGGAGCGGAUCGGCUACAUCCGGGAACAGUGGGCCAACCUGGAGCAGCUGUCGGCCAUCCGGAAGAAGCGCCUGGAGGAGGCCUCUCUGCUCCACCAGUUCCAGGCGGACGCGGACGACAUCGACGCCUGGAUGCUGGACAUCCUCAAGAUCGUGUCCAGCAACGACGUGGGCCACGACGAGUACUCGACCCAGUCCCUGGUCAAGAAGCACAAGGACGUGGCCGAGGAGAUUGCCAACUACCGGCCGGCCAUCGACUCGCUGCACGAGCAGGCCGGGGCCCUGCCCCGGGAGCACGCCGAGUCUCCCGACGUGCGCGGCCGGCUGUCCGGCAUCGAGGAGCGCUACAAAGAGGUGGCGGAGCUCACCCGGCUCCGGAAGCAGGCCCUGCAGGACACUCUGGCCCUCUACAAGAUGUUCAGCGAGGCCGACGCCUGCGAGCUCUGGAUCGACGAGAAGGAGCAGUGGCUCAACAGCAUGCAGAUCCCGGAGAAGCUGGAGGACCUCGAGGUGAUCCAGCACAGGUUCGAGAGCUUAGAGCCGGAAAUGAACAACCAGGCGUCCCGUGUGGCCGUGGUGAACCAGAUCGCCCGACAGCUGAUGCACAGCGGCCAUCCGAGCGAGAAGGAGAUCAAGGCCCAGCAGGAUAAGCUCAACACAAGGUGGAGCCAGUUCCGAGAACUGGUAGACCGGAAGAAAGACGCCCUCCUCUCGGCCCUGAGCAUCCAGAACUACCACCUCGAGUGCAACGAAACCAAGUCCUGGAUUCGGGAAAAGACCAAAGUCAUCGAAUCCACCCAGGACCUGGGCAACGACCUGGCGGGGGUCAUGGCCCUGCAGAGGAAGCUGACCGGCAUGGAACGGGAUCUGGUGGCCAUCGAGGCCAAGCUGACGGACCUGCAGAAGGAGGCGGAGAAGCUGGAGUCGGAGCACCCGGACCAGGCCCAGGCCAUCCUGUCCCGCCUGGCGGAGAUCAACGACGUGUGGGAGGAAAUGAAGACCACCCUGAAGAACCGCGAGGCGUCGCUGGGGGAGGCGAGCAAGCUCCAGCAGUUCCUGCGCGACCUGGACGACUUCCAGUCCUGGCUGUCCCGCACCCAGACGGCCAUCGCCUCCGAGGACAUGCCCAACACCAUGGCCGAGGCCGAGAAGCUGCUCACCCAGCACGAGAACAUCAAGAAUGAAAUCAACAACUACGAGGAGGACUACCAGAAGAUGAGGGACAUGGGCGAGAUGGUCACGCAGGGCCAGACGGAUGCCCAGUACAUGUUCCUGAGGCAGCGCCUGCAGGCUCUGGACACAGGCUGGAACGAGCUCCACAAGAUGUGGGAGAACAGGCAGAAUCUCCUCUCCCAGUCUCACGCCUACCAGCUGUUCCUCAGGGACACCAAGCAAGCGGAGGCAUUUCUCAAUAACCAGGAAUAUGUCUUGGCCCAUACCGAGAUGCCCACCACCUUGGAGGCAGCAGAAGCUGCUAUUAAGAAGCAAGAGGACUUCAUGACCACGAUGGACGCCAACGAGGAAAAGAUCAACGCGGUGGUGGAAACCGGUCGAAGACUGGUGAGCGAUGGCAACAUUAACUCCGACCGGAUCCAAGAGAAAGUGGACUCCAUCGACGACAGACAUCGGAAGAACCGGGAGGCAGCCAGCGAGCUUCUGAUGCGAUUAAAAGAUAACAGGGAUCUUCAGAAAUUUCUGCAGGAUUGCCAGGAGCUGUCCCUCUGGAUCAACGAGAAGAUGCUUACAGCCCAGGACAUGUCCUACGACGAAGCCAGAAACCUGCACAGUAAAUGGCUGAAGCACCAAGCGUUCAUGGCAGAACUGGCUUCCAACAAAGAGUGGCUCGACAAAAUCGAACAGGAAGGAAUGCAGCUGAUUGCCGAGAAGCCCGAGACAGAAGCAGUGGUGAAGGAGAAGCUGACGGGCUUACAUAAGAUGUGGGAAGUUCUGGAAUCCACCACCCAGACGAAGGCCCAGCGGCUGUUCGAUGCAAAUAAAGCCGAACUCUUCACGCAGAGCUGUGCCGAUCUGGACAAGUGGCUGAAUGGCCUGGAGAGCCAGAUUCAGUCUGACGACUACGGCAAAGACCUCACCAGCGUAAACAUCUUACUGAAAAAGCAGCAGAUGCUGGAGAAUCAGAUGGAUGUGCGGAAGAAGGAGAUUGAGGAACUGCAGAGCCAAGCCCAGGCCUUGAGCCAAGAAGGAAAAAGCACUGACGAAGUGGACAGCAAACGCCUCACCGUGCAGACCAAAUUCAUGGAGCUCCUGGAGCCUCUGACCGAACGGAAGAGCAACCUGUUGGCUUCCAAAGAGAUUCAUCAGUUCAACCGGGAUGUGGAGGACGAGAUUCUGUGGGUCGGUGAAAGGAUGCCCAUAGCCACCUCCACGGACCAUGGCCACAACCUCCAGACCGUGCAGCUGUUGAUUAAGAAGAACCAGACCCUCCAGAAAGAAAUCCAGGGCCACCAGCCCCGCAUCGACGACAUCUACGAGAGGAGUCAGAACAUCCUCACCGACAGCAGCCUGAGCGCCGAAGCCAUCAGGCAGAGGCUGGCGGACCUGAAGCAGCUGUGGAACCUGGUCAUAGAGGAGACGGAGAAGCGGCACCGGCGGCUGGAGGAAUCCCACAAAGCUCAGCAGUACUACUUCGACGCGGCCGAGGCCGAGGCCUGGAUGAGCGAGCAGGAGCUCUACAUGAUGUCAGAAGAGAAAGCCAAGGAUGAGCAGAGCGCCGUGUCUAUGCUGAAGAAGCACCAGAUUCUGGAACAAGCGGUGGAGGACUACGCCGAGACCGUGCACCAGCUGUCCAAGACCAGCAGGGCUCUGGUGGCCGACAAUCACCCGGAGAGUGAGAGAAUCAGCAUGAGGCAGUCCAAAGUGGAUAAACUGUACGCAGGCCUGAAGGAUUUGGCCGAGGAGAGGAGAGGCAAACUGGACGAGAGACACAGGCUAUUCCAGCUGAACCGGGAGGUGGACGAUCUGGAGCAGUGGAUCGCCGAGAGGGAGGUGGUGGCUGGCUCCCAUGAGCUGGGACAGGACUACGAGCACGUCACAAUGCUCCAAGAACGAUUCCGUGAAUUUGCCCGCGACACCGGAAACAUCGGGCAGGAGCGGGUGGACACGGUCAAUCACAUGGCCGACGACCUCAUCAACUCCGGACAUUCCGACGCCGCCACCAUCGCCGAGUGGAAGGACGGCCUGAACGAGGCCUGGGCCGACCUCCUGGAGCUGAUCGACACGAGAACGCAGAUCCUGGCCGCCUCGUACGAACUGCACAAAUUUUACCACGAUGCCAAGGAGAUUUUCGGGCGCAUCCAGGACAAACACAAGAAGCUGCCCGAGGAGCUCGGGAGGGAUCAGAACACGGUGGAGACGCUCCAGAGGAUGCAUACGACAUUUGAGCAUGACAUCCAGGCUUUGGGCACCCAGGUGCGGCAGCUGCAGGAAGAUGCCGCCCGGCUCCAGGCCGCCUACGCUGGAGACAAGGCCGACGACAUCCAGAAGCGGGAGAAUGAGGUCCUGGAAGCCUGGAAAGCCCUCCUGGACGCCUGCGAGGGCCGCAGGGCCCGGCUGGUGGACACCGGAGACAAGUUCCGCUUCUUCAGCUUGGUGCGCGACCUCAUGCUCUGGAUGGAGGACGUCAUCCGGCAGAUCGAAGCCCAGGAGAAGCCCCGGGAUGUGUCGUCUGUGGAAUUGCUCAUGAACAACCACCAGGGUAUCAAAGCGGAAAUUGACGCCCGGAACGACAGCUUCACUACCUGCAUCGAGCUGGGAAAAUCACUGUUGGCAAGGAAACACUAUGCGUCGGAGGAGAUCAAGGAGAAGCUGUUGCAGUUGACGGAAAAGAGAAAAGAGAUGAUUGACAAGUGGGAAGACCGAUGGGAGUGGUUAAGGCUGAUCCUGGAGGUGCACCAGUUUUCGAGGGACGCCAGCGUGGCCGAGGCCUGGCUUCUGGGCCAGGAGCCCUACCUGUCCAGCCGCGAGAUCGGCCAGAGCGUGGACGAGGUGGAGAAGCUCAUCAAGCGGCACGAGGCCUUCGAGAAAUCGGCUGCCACGUGGGACGAACGGUUCUCGGCGCUGGAGAGGCUGACGACGUUGGAAUUACUGGAAGUGCGCAGACAGCAAGAGGAAGAGGAGAGAAAGAGGCAGCCUCCUUCUCCGGAGCCGAGUACAAAGGUGUCAGAGGAAGCCGAAUCCCAGCAGCAGUGGGAUGCUUCGAAAGGAGACCAAGUUUCCCAAAACGGUUUGCCUGCCGAGCAGGGAUCUCCACGGGUUAGUUACCGUUCUCAAACCUACCAAAACUACAAAAACUUUAAUAGCAGAUGGACAGCCAGUGACCGCCCCAGGUCUGGACUGUGAAAUUCAAAUCGACCUGUAAAGAAACCGCCCCUUUCAGAAUCCUCUCAAUUUGGCGUUUUGGGGUUCUGAUUCACCCACACAGUUGAUUUGUACUUCAUCAACAGCCCUUUUGGUUAUGUAUGCUUGAAUAUAAUCCAUGUGUAUUUGAAUCUUUUAACGCAGCACCCCCCGGUUGCCGAAAAGCGACGUAUUUAUUUUAUGUUGUUCAUUGUGAGCUUUUUAUUUUAUUAAUAGCAUUAAGCUUUUUCAGCUAAAAACAUCCUUUACAUGAGUAAUUGAAAUUUAAUGAGAUUACACCAUAAUGAAGAAGAAAACUAGAAUCGGACAGGUAUGACAAUCCAGUUUGUACUAACAGGUUCCGGCACUUGGCCGGAUGAGGGUUUUAGUAGCACAUGAGUUAGUUAUUAACCAAGACCGAGGAAUGGAUGCAACUGAGUUGUCUUGUCAGAGAGGGAUUUGCUGGGGGGCAGGGGCUGGGGAGGGAUUGAGAACUAGAAGUAAGGCCUACGUGAGGUGAGUUGUGUAACAUUCCAGGAAGGAUGAGCUUAUUUAAUAGUGAUAUAAUAAAUGAUAUUGGAUGCCAUUAGAAAGCGAUUUUCAUUUAAGACGUGAAGCUUUGAGAGAAUGUUCAUUUGUCCGCUUUACUAGAGUCGAGGAGGAACCCAAGAGGCUUGCAACAGUUCUCUUUGAAAAAAUGGAAAGAGGACUUUAAACACACAAACGUGUCGAUUUUUAAACUGCGGUUCCUCUUUGACAAAGCCCGCCGGUCUGCCCGAUGGAGGCAGUUCUGCUUGGGGGAUGGUCAUUUUCCAAACCGAGGGAACAAAGCCAUUUCGGUUCCCUUCGGUUACUCGGAUGGUGACAUCACCCCGGAUUUUAGAGGUGAUGUCUUCAUCGGAGAACUGAGCAUAUUUCAGUUUUGACGGGACGUAUUUUCUCUGUCUUUAACCAGUCUAGCCGUUCCCAUGUCACAUGCUGAGAACUCUAGCCUUUGAUCUUCCUGGUCCCGAUCCAGCGAAGCCCCAGCUAGCAAACGGACCAUGAGGUCCAGCUGGGAAGGGAAACGUGUGUAAAAAGUCUGGUUGCGGUUGAGAGGGAGUUCCUCCACCCUCCUUUCGGGAUUACAAAAAACCCUCAUUUUCUACAUUUGGAAGUUUUAUGAAGUCAGAAACCGGAUUGAUAGUUGUUCAUCAGUUGUUAAACCUAAUUUGUCUUUCCAUUUCAUGAUGCAUGUCUUUUUUUUUUUUCUUCCGUCAGGAUAACGUCAUGUAGCAUCUUGUUUUGUUCCAUAUCUCGCUCUGUCAUAUAGAGGCGCUGACAUAUGGCUAUAGAUCAGUCUAUGCCUAGAAACCCUGUUACGGUUGGGACUCUCUGCCUUAGAGCCCAAGCCUGUAAUGUGCUCUGUGGCUUCAGAUUUUAGCAGGCACAAACCCUCAAACACCUUUGUCCAUAUAUGUAGAUUUAAAACUGAUAUCCCUGGACCGGAAUAUCGAUUUAAUACCCUUUGCAGUCUGGAAAAAAAAGAGAAAUCUCAAGGAGAACUCUGUUUUUCAUCAAUUUAUCUUUUGCUUAGGCUUCAAAAUUGAACCUCGUUGGAACAAUUUUCAGGCCUGUUUAAUUGGAUUUGAAAUAAAAGGAGCCUGUUCUGUUUGACUGAGUUAGGGUACAGAGACUCAAGUUAAGCCUGAACAGUGUUGCUUCCUGCAUUUUGAAAAUCAGUGGAAGAGGGGAGAAGAAGAUUUCUCCUCCUCCUCUUCCUCCCCCCAUUUUACUAGUCUUCAUGUUGUUGUCUUGUUCACAAUCAUGAUUUAAAUACCUCAGAAAUAACUGGCCACUAAAGCACUCGCAGCUAAUUUCUAAGAGAAAAUACAAUGAAGGAAAUCUGUAUUCCCAAGUGUUAACUGUCUCCUAAUAGCACAACGAUUCGCUUUCUUUGUUUGUCUCCAGUGAUGUGUGGUUUGUUGGCAUGCUUAAAGCACAUUUCCAUUAAAAUUCAUUUUACUCAUUU